CAUCGAUUGACGACACGACACCUGAGCGAACCCCCCGCGCCUAUCCUACUAAACUCGACGCAUUGACUUGCUUCAUAAAUACCUACAUCCCGAAACUGCACCGGAGCGCGCCUUGAGCGCCCAGACCUCCGCGAGACCUCCGCACCACCUCCGUACACGUUCAACAUGGCAUCGCUAUUGAAACAGGGCACGCCAGUCAUAACAAAAUGCUUUUCCAGCCAAAAGGUUGGCAUCGUAGUCUCCGCAGGCAAGAUGGACCGGGCGGUAAAAGUACGCAUCGCAGAUCAAGAAUGGAAUAAGAAGUUCAGAAAGCACUUCCCCUCACACACAACACACCUCGUCCGCGACCCCAACAACUCUCUCGUCGAAGGCGACAUCGUGCGCAUAACAUCCGGCUACCGCACCUCAAAAGCAAUCCACCAUGUCGUAACAUCCAUUGUCGCACCCUUCGGUGAGCCCGUUGAGAAUCGCCCACCUGUCCUGUCCCAGACCCAACUAGACGAACUACGUGUAAAACAACGAUUACUCAAGGAUGUGCGGUCGGCAGAACGGGGGAGGCAGACAAGUGUGCAGAGAUUGACACAGGCGAAAAAGCACGGGCUAGAGAUACCCACGCUGGAAGAGGCCAUGAAUGGGCUGAGAGUGCAUACAGAGAACGAGAAGAGGUUAGCAGAGGGUGCGGGUAAGGGCCAGUCAGGCCAAGCGAGAACUACAAAAGAGAGGAGCAUAGCGCAAGGGAAGAAAGCGAAGGCAGAGGUCAAGGUAGCAAGGAUGCAGACGUCGUGAUUGCGUGCGUAUUGAAAGAGAUAGUAAUGUAGGAUAUAUUACGCAUUUUACCAUGUGUUCGUCUAUAGAGAAGGCUGGAGUGUACACUUGUUGUAUCAUCAGUCCAGCAUAUGCGAUGGUCAUACUGAACCCCAAUUCACCAAUCGUCUUGCUAGCCAAACGAGGCUAAAGUAAUGUGCUGCUUCUGCGAACAGUGCAGCUAUACGUCAGGUUAUAUAGU